AUGCCGAUUUCAAAUUCCAUAAGGUCACGGUUUGGCAAUAACCUCGAGUCCCACCAGGUUGACGAAGAUUACACCAUACUGCUGUCAAGACAAGCAUCACAACGCACAAACCUGGAGACGCAACUACUACUACUGCUGCUGCAGGACCAACCUCGUCCGGUGCCGGAAGAGCCGAAUUAUCCUGGGUAUACCCGAGGCACCAUAGAAGCCAUGGACCCGCUUGACCAACUCGACGAUUAUCAAGACCCAGUGCAACUACCCACGUACGAGCUAUCGCAACGUUUGCAUCUGCGCCUGGGGCUGGGCGAGACGGAAGAAACCCAUGCAAACACCGAAGCCAGGUCCUUGGGGAUUCACAUAUAUACUCCAAUACCUUCGUUGCCCAUUCCAAGAGUUACCCCGAUGAUGCAGCUGAACUCUUCGGAUUCAUCCAUGUCGCCAACACCCACGUAUCCACAUCCGCAUCCUUCGUUAAACCACACACCUGAGCUCACCUCCGCCACUGGCAACAACAACAACAGCAACAAUACAAUUUCUUCGCUUGCUACAACGUCACGAGCAAAUAAGCUCCAACAAUCAUCAAUCAAGAAACUAGGACUCAAAUUCCUCAACGCCAGACAGCAUUUCCUUCUUGCAUGUUGCCGGGACGUCUCGCUAAUCCCGCCAUUAUUUUGCUUAUUCCAAUCUUGGAAACGAAUCCAUUUCGACCACGAAAACGCCUUGGCCAACCACAAGAUUACCACAGCAAGAGGCUUGGAACAUUUCCUUACUGGCGUGUGGUGUAUUGUCAGCGCAUAUUUGUCGUACUCGAUUCUAGACUCGCUCCUCGUGCGCUGGAUUGUGACUUACUCUACAUCAGCUGCGAUUGUGCGUGUGCUUUCAAUGUCGACGAUUAUGAUUACACUUGAACUAUAUUUUGUCAAUGCUUUUAGCGCCGAGGGUUACAAAUACGGUUUACAUAUUUGGAUCUUGAUUAGCUGUUUGUUGACCUUGACUUUUAUUGUUCAGAAUUUCGUCACCCUGAAUUUAUCUUUGGAGCAUUAUCAACAACAGCAACAGCAACAGCAACAGCAGCACCACCAGCAUCAGGAUACAUUUAGCGCUGUUCGAGUUGGCGAACACGGACAUAGUUCAGCAGGAGAUGUAGUCCGAGAGGAACGAAAGAUGAGACGCAAGUCGAUCAAACCACGUCGAUUUUUCGAUUUUUACAACAUUGUCGUCUUUGCUGUUGUUCCUGUUGGGCUAGCAAGUUUCAUCACUAUGAUUGGGUUGCUUCGGUCCUUGUUGAUUUUGAGAAUCGAUGUCGAUCAAGCCUUGACUACCGUUUCCUAA